GAUUCGAGAAGACCCGGGCUGAGGGGGGCGGAGCUACAGCGGCGGACGACUCCGAACAGAACCAGGCGGACCGGAGAAGAGGCACAAAGCCCCAGAUUUAACCACUGUUCUCACCUGGAACCGGCCCGGACUCAUAUGGUUUAGAGUUAAAGACCCAACGGAGAGAAGAACAAUGAGACUGAGGUCUCAAAAGAACGUUACGACCCUUCCGGAGACGCCGCGGAUCAACCGACGGUUCAACAAAGCGAGGCCGAGACGAAUCCGCUCGUCGGAGCCAGAAAGCCCGCUCCUAACCCAGGUUGACAGUCCUGUGCAUAAUGACUCCCACGAUUCAGACGAUGACAUUCCCACCUUCAGAAGGCGACCGCUCCCCCGCAUGCGGCCACGGAAAAGAGCCAUAGCUGUUGAUGACCAGGAAAGAGCUCUGGCCUUCCAGACUCCCAUCAGGUCCAUCAUGAGGCCUGAGCGCAUUCUGUCAGAGAUUCAAGCACUGACUCCUCAAAACUCAUCAACAACCAGAAAUCUCUACUCACCAAUUGUGCGUUUCCUCACACCCAGCAAAGAGAACAUGCAUGCAGGAAAUGGAAAUAAUGUGCUGAUGAGUCCAGAGCAGGGUGUAUUUGGAUAUGGAUCCGUUGACCUGCUGGCAGGAGAAGAUGAAGACGAUGAUGUCUUCAGUCCGUUCACUUUCAUCAAAAACAUACCAUCACAGUCGCAACAUUCGCAGCCUCGGCUCAGAGACAUUCCUCCAAAGACCCGGAGCACUCCAGAGGCCACGCUCGUGGUCGACCUGGAGGAGACUCUGAUGUUCAGCUCUCUGAGUGUGAUUGAGGAUGCACAGUACUGCUUCCACACGGCUUUCCAGGACCAUCAGUACAAGGUUUACAUGGUUCUACGGCCGUAUGUGAAGGAGUUUCUGCAGUCGGUGGCAAAAAACUACGAGCUGUUUGUUUACACGUGUGCAAAGAAGACGUACGCCGAGAAAAUAAUGGACAUCCUGGACCCGCAGAGAAAACUGUUCCGGCAUCGUCUGUACCAGGAAGACUGCGCCUGCGUCCUCGGCCACUAUAUCAAAGACCUAAGCGUCCUCGGCAGAGAUCUCACCAAGACGGUGGUCCUUGACAAUGCACCGCACACCUACCCGUACCACCUGAUGAACACUAUACCCAUCAAGAGCUGGUCUGGAGAACCCGAGGACCGAGAACUCCAGAGGCUCAUCCCCUACCUGGACAAACUGUCUGCAGCGGAGGACUUUCGGGAGGUGCUGAAGAAGAGGAAGGACCACUUCCACCGGCUGCUGUCGGAGGACUGACGCUCUUUAACCUCCUGCAUUGACUUUCACAGCUCAUGCUUGCAUUCUUCUUUGCUUUGGCUAAAAGCAGAACGCGACAGCAAGCGGCGGACCUCCUCUUGUCCCAACAGUUUUAAAAGACCAACCAUCGGUAUUCCAAACAUGCUGCUGGUCAUCCGUCACCAAACGACCCCCCCCCCCCCCCCCCCCCAUUUACCCCUGACUCAUUCCACAGGGCAAUAAACCUCUACCCAGUGUGUUUUACACAUCACCACUUGAAAUACUUUCUUUAUAGUGAGAUUUUUAAUUUAUUGAUUAUAAUAAUCAACAUCUGUUAUCGCUGUAUAUUUUACAUAUUUACUUUUUUAUGCAAUAAAGUGAAUCAGUAAUAAAUGGGAAACUUAAAAUGAUUUGUUUUGAUUUUUGUAUGUAGUUUGUAACCAAUGUCUUUACCAUGGUUUUCUCCAAAUCAGUCCACAUUUAUUUAUUUAUAAAGCCCAUUAAAAUAAUAAUGACCAAAGUGCUGUACAAUUAAAGCAGUAAAAAUCUUCAACAACACAAUAAAAACACAGAUCUUUUGUUUUUAUUAAUGUUUCUGCUGUUGAUUGUGGGUUUUGGGUGAACGCUGAUAGAUGCUGCUCUUUUUUAGAAAUAUUCCAAAAUGUUCUUCCUGCUGCUGAAAUAAUAGAACUCAUCACUUCCUGUUGAGCAGGAAAAUGAAGGUUCAGCAGGAGAGCAAA